AAUUUCCUUGUCGCCGAGAGAGAUAGAGAGAGAGACAGAGCAGAUGCGUUUGUCCAAACCCAAACCCUCAAAACCCUACCUCUAUCUCUCUCCAAAACCCUAAUUCCCAUGCGCGGAACACCGUAAAUCUUCGCCUGCCCGCCUGCGAUCGAGAGAGGGAGAGGCAGGGCCAGAGAAGGAAUGGCGGAAUUAGGGCAGCGGACGGUCGAAUUCCCGACGCUGGUACGUCGGGCGGCGGAGGACUCGUUCCUGUCGCUUAAGGAGCUGGUGGAGAAAUCAAAGUCUCCGGAGCAAUCGGACUCCGAGAAAAAGAUCAGCCUCCUCAAAUAUAUAGUCAAGACCCGGCAGCGCAUGCUCCGCCUCCUCGUCCUCGCCAAAUGGUGCCAGCAGGUUCCAUUGGUUCAGUACUGUCAGCAACUUGCAGCUACCCUUUCAAGCCAUGAUACAUGUUUCACCCAAGCUGCUGAUUCUAUGUUCUUCAUGCAUGAGGGACUGCAGCAAGCUCGUGCUCCAAUUUAUGAUGUUCCAUCUGCUAUUGAAGUUCUCCUCACGGGAAAUUAUCAGCGUUUACCAAAAUGCAUAGAAGAUAUGGGAAUUCAGAGUGCACUUACUGAGGCUGAGCAAGGACCAGCUUUAAAGAAGUUGGAUACACUUCUAAGAGCUAAACUGCUGGAAGUUUCACUCCCUAAAGAAAUUUCAGAAGUCACAGUAUCUGACGGUACUGCACUUCUUCGAGUCGAUGGGGAAUUUAAGGUUCUUCUAACCUUGGGUUACAGGGGACAUUUAUCUAUGUGGAGGAUAUUACAUUUGGAGUUGCUUGUGGGUGAGAAAAGUGGUCUUGUGAAGCUUGAAGAAAUGCGAAGACAUGUCCUUGGAGAUGAUCUGGAGCGCAGAAUGGCUGCAUCAGAGAACCCGUUUUUUAUUUUGUAUUCAAUUCUCCAUGAGCUCUGUGUUGCCCUCAUCAUGGACACUGUUAUAAGGCAAGUUCAAGUGCUGCGCCAAGGCAGAUGGAAGGAUGUGAUUCGUUUUGAGCUUAUAACUGAUGGCAGUAUGGGCCAAGCAGGGAAUCCUGGUUCUAUGCAGUUGGGUCAAGAUGUGGACUCCGAUUCAGCUGGUCCAAAAACUCCUGGAUUGAAGAUUAUGUACUGGUUAGAUAUUGACAAAAAUGCUGGAGGUUCUGAUUUAGGUUCACCCCCGUUUAUCAAAAUUGAGCCUGGACAAGAUCUCCGAAUAAAAUGCCUCCAUGAUUCAUUUGUCAUAGACCCGCUAACUGGCAAUGAGGCUGAAUUUUCACUAAAUCAAAGUUGCAUUGAUGUUGAGAAAUUGCUCCUAAGGGCUAUUGCAUGCAAUAAACACACUCAUCUUCUUGAAAUCCAUAAGGAGCUGUUAAAAAAUAGUCAAAUCUGUCAGGCUGCAGGUGAUGUUGUUCUUAAGUGCCAUGGAGAUGAACUUGAUGCGGACUUUAAAAAGAAGGAUAAUAAGUCCUGUGCUGAGGAAUAUGGAAUUGAUGAAGUAUUACUUGUGCGAGCCUAUGGCUCAUUAUAUAUUACCCUCGGAAUAAAUAUCAGGAGUGGGCGUUUCCUUCUUCAGUCUUCUAGAAAUAUCCUUGCUUCGUCUGCACUGUUAGACUGUGAAGAAGCCUUAAACCAGGGAAGCAUGAAUGCAGCUGAUGUGUUUAUAAGCUUGAGAAGCAAAAGUAUUUUGCACUUAUUUGCAUCAAUUGGCAGGUUUUUAGGCCUCAAGGUUUAUGAAGAGGGAUUGGCUGCAGUGAAGAUGCCCAAGACAAUCUUGAAUGGAUCGGAUUCGUUGCUUAUGGGGUUUCCACAGUGUGGGAGCUCUUAUUAUUUGCUAAUGCAACUUGAUAAAGAUUUUAAGCCGCUCUUUAAACUGCUGGAGACCCAGCCAGAUCCAUGUGGACGAUCCCCUUCAGUUGGUGACUCCAAUCACAUAAUACGUUUCAAUAAAAUCGAUGUUGGUCAGAUGCAAAUGGUUGAGGAUGAAUUGAAUUUGAGCCUUCUCGACUGGGAAAAACUAGUUUCUUCUUUACCAAGUGUUGGGGGUCCUAAUCAGACUCCAGAACAUGGUCUUCUUUCUGAGAUUGGUCAGGAAGCUUCUCUGCAGAUGGCUGGAUUUCCACAGUCAAUUUUCUCAUCUGUGGUUGAUAAAGUUUUUGAGCUUGAGAAAGGAGCGUCAGCUCCUCCCUUUCCCAUGCAAAACCACCUCUCCUCAUCCUUUAACACAUCUUCUCUUUCUCACUUUGGUUCUGUUCCAAACAAUCUUCAAGGGAUAAAAAGUGGACUGACCUCUCUUAAGUGGGAGGGGGGUUCGCAACUUUCUCAGGUUAAUAAUAUUACAAAAAUUUCUUCUGGUGGCCCCCCUUUAAAUAGCUCUCCAUAUCCAUCAAACAAUAUAAAGGCAUUGCUUCAAUCUGGCCCUGUCAAUUCUUUCUCUCCUAGUCCAGUACGGAGCCCAUCUCUUCAGAGAGUCAGAUCUUCAAAAUCCGAUCAGGAGUUAUCUUCUCAUAAGUCUCCUCCUCAUUCGUUUGAGGUUGGUCCUCGUUCUGGUAUGGAUGAAGAUCAGGUAAGAUUGCUUAAGGAAACUUCAAAAGAGUUGGCUGCUAAAGUUUCUGCGGGUAGGCCAACUCGAGUGUCAUCUCCACUCCGAGCUGGCCCUAGGGUCGUUGGACCAAGCAUGAAAGCAAAUGUGCUUCGAAACAUUCCUACAGGGAAUAUGGUUGGACCUCUCAAAACUUCUGGAUCUAGCCCGUGGACUACUUCCCCCGUAUGCCCUGCACCAGAAUCAUGGAUUUCUAAUAGCCCAAGUUGUGAUGUUGUUCCUAAACAUGACAAAGAUCCGCGGAAGCGUUCUCUUUCAGAUGUACUAAAGCUGAUCCCAUCGCUUCAAGGGGUAGAAGCCAGUACAGAGUCUCGAAAGAGAAGGAAAAUCUCAGAAUCAGCCAACUGCUACCCUGCUGCUUCAGAGUCACUCUGUUCAUCAGUAGUGACAUCUAAGACCGAAGGAUAUACCUAUGGAAGUAUUUUGGCUGAAGCAAACCAUGGGCGUGCUCCUUCCAGUAUAUAUGUCGCUGCUUUUCUUCAUGUAGUCAGGCACUGUUCUCUCUGUAUUAAACAUGCUCGGCUAACCAGCCAAAUGGAUGCUCUUGAUAUUCCCUAUGUUGAAGAAGUUGGUUUGCGAACCCCGUCCUCAAACUUGUGGUUCCGAUUGCCAUUUGCCAGAGACGAUUCAUGGCAACAUAUCUGCUUGAGGCUUGGUAAACCUGGAAGCAUGUACUGGGAUGUCAAAGUAAAUGAUCAACACUUUAGGGACCUGUGGGACCUUCAGAAAGAUAGUUCCAGUACACCAUGGGGUUAUGGUGUCCGUAUUGCCAACACAUCUGAUGUGGAUUCUCAUAUCCGUUAUGAUUCAGAAGGUGUUGUUCUGAGUUAUAAGACUGUUGAGGAUGAUAGUAUACAAAAGCUAGUGGCAGAUUUAAGGAGGCUUUCUAAUGCACGCUUAUUUGCUCUUGGAAUGAGGAAGUUACUUGGUGUAAGAGCUGAAGAUAAACUAGAAGAUGGUGGAGUAAACUCAGAAAAUAAGGUGCAGUCUGGAAUAAAAGGUGCGACUGAGGUUGCGGAUAAGACAUCUGAACAGAUGAGGAGAGCAUUCAGGAUUGAAGCAGUUGGUCUCAUGAGUUUGUGGUUUAGUUUUGGCUCAAUGCCUGCAAUAAUGGCACGUUUUGUUGUUGAGUGGGAAGCAGGUAAAGAUGGUUGCACAAUGCAUGUUUCUCCCGAUCAACUCUGGCCUCACACCAAGUUUUUAGAAGAUUUCAUUAAUGGAGCUGAGGUGGCAUCGCUUUUGGAUUGCAUUCGCCUGACUGCAGGACCUUUGAUAGCUCUUGCUGGUGCAAUACGCCCUGCACGGAUGACGGGUCCUGCUUCUCCUGGCAUCCAUGGUGUAACAGCAGGUCUCAACCCUGCCCCCAAGCAAAAUGGUUUUGUACCGCCAUCUCAGGGACUGUUGCCAAGCAGUUCAACCUCAAACACUAAUCAGUCAACCACGGCUGCCCCUGUUGGGAAUCCUGUUGCAGGUGCUGUUAUGGGUCCUCUUGGGAAUCACAGUCUUCAAAGUGUUGCCAUGUUAUCUGUUGCUGGAAGAGGUGGGCCGGGAAUUGUUCCUAGCUCACUGUUGCCUAUUGAUGUUUCGGUUGUUCUACGUGGUCCCUAUUGGAUACGCAUCAUCUAUCGGAAAAACUUUGCUGUUGAUAUGCGCUGCUUUGCUGGAGAUCAGGUUUGGUUACAGCCAGCAACACCAGCCAAGAAGGAACCUGAAGGUGGGGGUUCAUUGCCAUGCCCGCAAUUUCGCCCUUUCAUUAUGGAGCAUGUUGCCCAAGGAUUGAAUGCUCUGGAAACUAAUUUUACUGUUGGUGCCCCAACUGUUGGGCCUGUGAAUUCAAGCAUUCCAAACCCAAGUUCAGGUUCACAACCUCCUGUGCCCAAUGGGAAUCGGCUAAACCUUACGGGUACUGCUGGAAUAUCUCGACCUACAUCAAUGGGCGGCAACCAGGGAGGUAAUUUGAGCCGAGUGAGCAAUGCUAUGUUGGCAUCUUCAAGUUUAACUGCUGUGGGUUCUGGACUACCUAUACGCGCACCACAAGGUGCAGGUGUCCCUGUACAUGUUAGAGGAGACUUGAAUACAGCCUUCAUUGGGCUUGGGGAUGAUGGAGGCUAUGGUGGCGGAUGGGUUCCCCUUGCUGCUCUUAAGAAGGUAUUGCGAGGUAUACUCAAGUACCUUGGUGUACUAUGGCUAUUUGCACAGUUACCCGGUCUUCUGAAGGAGAUACUAGGAUCGAUUCUAAAGGAAAACGAAGGGGCGCUCUUAAAUUUGGACAAUGAACAGCCAGCAUUGCGGUUCUUUGUAGGGGGCUAUGUUUUUGCUGUAAGUGUUCACAGAGUGCAACUUCUCCUGCAAGUCCUGAGUGUGAAGCGAUUCCAUCAGCAGCAGCAGCAGCAGCAGCAGCAAAACCAAGCUAAUGCUCAGGAUGAACUGGCCCCCACCGAAAUAUCCGAGAUAUGCGACUACUUCAGCCGUCGUGUUGCAUCAGAACCUUAUGACGCCUCUCGCGUGGCAUCCUUCAUCACCCUUCUCACCCUACCCAUUUCAGUCCUCCGAGAAUUCCUGAGGCUGAUAGCUUGGAAGAAAGGAUUGUCACAGCCACAAGGUGCCGACAUGGCCCCUGCCCAGAGGCCACGCAUUGAGCUUUGCCUAGAGAAUCAUGCUGGGUAUAAUACAGACGAGAAUUCUGAUAACCCCUGCACAUCGAAAAGCAACAUCCACUAUGAUCGUCCGCGCAAUGCAGUUGAUUUUGGCCUCACUUUUGUUCUUGAUCCUGCUCACAUACCCCAUAUAAAUGCAGCUGGAGGUGCCGCAUGGUUGCCUUACUGUGUGUCUGUCAGAUUGAGAUACUCUUUUGGUGAAAGUACUCAUAUAUCUCUUGUUGGGAUGGAGGGUAGCCAUGGAGGCAGAGCUUGCUGGUCACGGGUGGAAGAUUGGGAGAAGUGCAAACAGAGGGUGGCUAGAGCAGUUGAGUAUGGUUCUGGGAGUUCUGUAGGGGAUGGUAGCCAGGGGAGGUUGAAAAUCGUUGCUGAAACUCUGCAAAGAGCACUGCAGAUAUCAUUGCAGCAGCUGAGGGAUGGUUCUGUUGCUGCAGGUUCAGCUGCAACCUGAACACUCACUGCUUUGGAAUCUUGAAUCAUCUGGUGAACAAUUACAAACUAAUGGUCUGAAAUUGGUGGCAAGAGAAUGAAUUGGAUUGUGCUCAUUUAUCAAAGCGAUUCAAAUGAUUGGGCUGCUCAAUUGUCAGUAAGAGAGUUCCUGAAGAGGGCAGGCAGGUGUGUUGUUCACCAGUGCCUGUUAUCAAAUUUUAUGUUUUUUUUUCUGCUGCAGGAUUUUGGUCUGACAUAAGGGAGGGGGGAGCUACGAAUUGGAUACUUGGGAGGGCGAUAAAACCGUGAGAGUGGACUGUGUUUUCAAGGGAUGGUAAAGGAGAUGGCUGGAGAGGUGUAUUUGUAGAGAUUGGGAGGGAGGAAGCUCUUUCUUCCCUUUUCUUUUCUUUCCUUGUUUUUUCUUCUUUCUUCUUUUUUUUCCCCUCUUAAUUUUUCCUUUUUGACUACUGUAAAAUAAGUUGGUAGGGUUUUUUACUUUUGUACAGUUGAUUUUGACGAAUCUCUGUAAAAGGAAAAGGAAAAAAAAAAGGGAGGGGUGGAUGCUGGAGGAUGGUUGUACACA